CGUCUGUGCACACGUGCUUUGUCACGCAAAUUCUGAGGAGCAAACUGUAAGCUUGCCAGAGUAGCAUUCGAGAUAGCACGAAGAUGGCCAAACUUAGAUACGUUCUCUUGGCAGGCGUUCUACUUGACGUCGUAUCCUUGACAAGUCUUCACCACAUAUCAAAGCGCACGUACGGCUAUGGCGGAAGAAUGCGUGGCGGAUACCGUGGCGGCUACGGCGGAUUCGGAGGCUACAGGGGAGGCGGCUACCGUGGCUUCGGCGGUGGUUACAGGGGCCUCGGAGGUGGUGGCUACGGUGGCGGAUUGAACGCGCUGACAACAGCCCUUUACGGCAGGAUAUUGGAUGGCAUGUACGGAGGGGGCUUCGGUGGUGGCUUCGGCGGCGUUCAAUACAUUUAUGUUCCAGUGUACGUGCCCGUUGACGACGGCACAGUGGUCAUCGUGGAGGAGGGCGGAGGCACCGACUUCGGUAAUGGUGGCCCGGGCAUAAUUGACACGGGCGGUGGGGAAGUUGACAUCGGUGGCAUAGGAAACGAAGAGCUGCUGAUGUACCAGAACAGCGACGGCAAAGCGACCACUCGCGUUAAGGUAGCGACCCAGCCUCAGCGUGUGCGCAUCGGUAGAGAACGCGUUGUCCAGAAGUCUACGGAGCUGGGUCUCGGGAGGACCUACGCAUUCACACCGCCGCGAAGGACGAAAGGGCGCGCCCAGCAGGGCUAGAGGUCCCACAGCCGCAGGAGCCUUCAGGGACAAGCGUCUUGUGUGAAUCAAGAAACUACGGUGAUGUAUAAUUAACGUCGUGUAAACAAAAGGCGCCGCUUUCGUUCCUUCUAACUAGAUCUUACGAGUUCUUUGCGUGAAAGAGAGAAAUUCUAGCGUACUUGAGUCCGUUCGCACGGUCACAUUGGAGAGGCCGGUACCAUGCAAGUUUGAUCUGUGUUAGCUCUAUAAUAGAAUUAUCGAUUUUGCGACAUAUGCUUUACUAACCAUCUGGAGGCAUUGUUUGGCCCUUUUCGUAAAAUACGGGAACCUUCAUUAGACACAAUAUUAAUGAGAAUGGUCCGAGAACUUUCAUUGUAAUUCGCACUCACAGUGGAUCAAAACAACACUUUUAAGCGCGGGCAUCAAGCAACAGUGACACCAGGGGAUGUGAAGGUACCCACCUAUGUAAAAGAGUUCUUUAUAACGACGUUCUUUUGUCCUCCGGCUAUCGGUGCAUUACUAGACACUGUUUAUAAAGUUGUAGAAUAUAUUGCAUAGCUCGGCUCUCGGCAUGCAAGUUGAUUGAAUGCCAAUGCGACUCGUUCAGCAUUAUUGAAGGUUUUUUGUUGCGCUGAAAUAAAAUAAA